AUGGCUUCCAGGGCUGGUGGAUCCAUAGGCCGAGGUGCAGGCAGGGCUCAGGGCAGCGCACCGGGUUCUCCACCACGACCUAUGCAGGGGCGAGUAGGGGAUGGACCGGGAGGAGCCGGCGCGAUCUUCGUUGGGGGGUUGCUUACCGUACCGGCGCCGACCUCUCGUCGCUCUUUCCGUUACGACGGCCCUCGACCCCCUCCUUCGGGGCAGACGCAGACGCAGCCGGAGAGCGGCAGUGAGGAGGAGGAUGAGGAGGAGUAUGGUGAGGGCGAGAAGGAGGAGGACACUGAGGGGAGCGGGGAUGACAGCAAGGCGGCGUGGGACCCAGAGACGCAUGGCGGUGGGGAGGGGGGAGAUGAUGAUGAUGAAGACCACGAGAUGGAUCGGUUGGAGUCAGAGGGGCGGGAGGAGGAGGUGGGAGAGGGUGGUGGAAGGGCGGCGACAGAGGCGGGAUCACAGCAUGUGCGUGAAGGGGGAGGGAGCGUGGGGGUUAAGGUGGGGGGGAGAAAGGCCGUGACCAUUAGGGAGCCGAGGCAGAGGAAGAAGGCCAACAAGUUGAGGGAGCGGGCGUAUCCCUGCACGUUCACUGGGGAGCCCUUGGGCGAGGGUGUGAUCGCUCCCGAGUUCCUAGACGAGGACGGAGGGUCCAAGAGUAGUAAGGGGACUGGCAAGGGUAAUAGGAAGCCGGGGUGGCAAGUAAUGAUGUUUGGACCGUUAGGGGCAGACGAUAAGCGUCAGUGCAAGAUUUGCACAGACAAGUUUUCGUGGAAGCAAUCCACAACAACCCCUGGCGAGCGGCACUUUGCGAGCUUCCACACUGCGCACAUGCAUGUGUGGCAUCCCCGUUACCACACCCCGUCCGUUCACUUGCCAGGGGAGACGUUUCCCCAUGGGGGCUACAAGGGAGUGCCGGAUGGCUACGUCUAUCAGUGGCCACAUGCCAAGACUUGGCCGCAGCUCGCCAAGGGGAAAGGGAUGGCGACUGGUGGAGGUCAUGUGUCAGGCGGGAUGGAGCGGUGGAUGACAACCAAACUGACCUCGGUGCAGCUACGGCAGGCGAUCACGAAGCUGGUGGUCACCUGCGACCUCCCCUUCCGCAUCGUCGAGGCCGAGGCUUUUCAUGAGCUACUCAUCCUGCUAAACCGCAACUGCGCGCAGAAGAACUUCAUCCCCUCGCGCUGGACGGUUUCCCGCGACACAGUGGUCUAUGCGGCUGCCGCUCUUCAGUCAGCCAUUGUGGAGAUGCUGGCGAAGGAGGGGGAGCUGGGGUGCAGGGUGUCAUUCACCAUCGACAUGUGGUCGGCGCCCAACAACAGGGCGUGGCUAGUGGUAACGGGUCACUGGAUCGACGAGAAUUACCAGCUCCGCACAAUGGUGUUUGAAUUCCGCGAGAUUCACGGGCGUCACACGGGCAAGCAGAUGGCGAGGGUGGUUGAGGAGACGGUGGUGCAGUGGGGGUUGGAGACGCGUUGUCUUGGGUUCACCUCAGACAACGCCUCCAGCAACACUGCUGCUUUCAGGUGGAUGUCGGAGGAGGGUGGCAACCCCAAGCUGUGCAAGUUUUGUGGCAAGAAGUUCGAGGGCGGAACAAACCGCUGUGCAAUCCAUCUCGCGACAUGGAAAGGGCAGGAGAAGCGCGCUGUGGCGUUAUGCAAGGACGCGCCCACGGCAGUCCGCGAUGAAGUCCGUGGCAUGUACGAGACCAAGGCGGAACAGCAGGACUUGAAGCGAGGGGCGGCCGCUGCUGCAAUUCACUCCGCGCUUGACGCUGUCAGUGGAAACCCGGAGAAAAAGAGCAAAAUUACAGAUUUCUUUGGCAAUGAGGCGACGUGCGCCAAGGAGGACGCGGAUAACGCGCUUUGCUUUCUGUUCGCGGCGUUGAAACUUCCGGAGCGCAUUGCGGACGAUCCGGUCUUCCGCUACGCGGUCCAGUGCAUUGCGCGCGCUGGACCUGGGUACGUCCCUCCUAAGAGGCGCUACAUUGGAGGGGCAGGCUUGAAGAAGGUGCGGCAGAAAAUGGAGGUCGCGUUCGCCCCCGUUGCCGCGAGCUGGAAGCGGGACGGGACCGGGGGGUACAUCGCCAGCCUUCUCCGCCCCGUCAUUGAUAAGGUGGGGCCGGAGAAUGUGGUGGCGGUCUGCACCGAUGGCGGCAGCAACUAUGCAUCGGCCGCCAAGAAGAUUGCGAGCACAUGGCCGCACAUUGAGCAUGUGCCAUGUACCACGCAUGUCCUGGACCUGAUGAUGGAAGAUAUGGGCAAAAUGGGAUGGGCGAAGGGGCUUGUGGAGAAAGGAGGGGAGAUGAUUACCUUCGUGCGCAACCACCACUUUACCCGUGCCUAUAUGAAGAAAGUGGGGGGGAAGCAGGUGCUCAAGCCUGCGGGAACCAGGUUCGGGACACAAUACAUAGCCAUGGCCCGGCUAUGUGAGGUGAGGAGUGGGCUGGCGGCGAUGGUGCUCAGCGACGAGUGGAAGGUGUGGGCAGCGGCGGACAAGGAUAGGAAGACAGCAGCUGAGAAAUUCAGGGCUGCUGUGAUGGAUGAGGAGUGGUGGGGGGUGGCGGAGUUCUUUACCUCUCUCAUGGCGGUGCCAUUCAAGGCCAUGCGGGCCACGGACUCUUCCGCGAAAGGCAUGAUGGGUAAGCUGUAUAACAUCAUGCUACAGCUUACCGAGGACAUCAAUGACAAGCUCGACGCUUCAAGUGACUUCUUGACUCGGACAGAGAGGGCAGACAUCACCAAGAUUGUGAAGGACAGGAACGAUGUGGAGUGCACGCGGGUGUUCAAGGACUACAUCGAGCGCCACUAUGACAACAAGACCUUCAAGCGUGGCAAGGAUGGCGCCCCUCGCCGCGCCUCCCUUGUGCUGCAGGAGGCAUUGCUGACCUACAUCAACAUGGAGGGCAGCUUUGGCAAGCCGGGCGCCAUUUCUGCAAGGGAGGCAGUGAAGAAGGGGGAGAUGAGCAUGGUGCAGUGGUGGUCGUGGCACAGCACCGAGUAUCCUGAGCUUGUCGCCCUCGCAUGCCGGGUGCUCACUCAGCCCGUCUUGGCUUCCCCAUGCGAGCGUGGCUGGGCGCAGUGGGAAGGCGUCCACACCGCCCGCCGCAACCGGCUCGGGUCCGCCAAGUGUGCGGACCUCGUCUACAUUGCGCACAACUGGAACGUUGUGCGCAAUUGGUACAAGAAGGAUGGGGGCAGCACGGUUGUGCCCGGUAACAUCCCGGAUGCCCCUAUCCCCCCCGGCUAUAACAUGGAUGAGGAGGAGGAUGACAUGCUGGGGGAGGAAGGAGAGGAUGCAGUGCUGGUGUAUGAGUAUGGGGAAGGUGUGGUGGUGGAAAAGCCCCGCAAGGAAAUCGGUUGUGGGGAAGCUAGCUAG